AGAUGACUAAUUAUAUUUCCUCUUCCGCAGGUUCGCUGGUUAAUUUGUCAUGUAAUUAUAUAGGUCUAAAGUCUGAUCCCAAAAAGGGAGUAUAUCUCUAUGAAGUGCGAUUCAAUCCUUCUGUUGAUUCAAUUCAUUUAAGAAUUAAGUACUUAAAUGAACACAGUAAAAAAUUCGGAGGCAUUAAAACCUUUGAUGGAACUACCCUAUACUUGCCGAUUAUGUUAGAAAAGGAAUUGACAACUUUUAUUUCAAAAAGUUGUUCCAACGAAGACAUUGAAAUCAGAAUUUUAUUUAAGAAAAGAGAGUCCCUUAAAAAUUGUAUACAAUUAUACAAUAUAUUAUUUGAUCGAAUCAUGAAAACCCUAAACUAUGUUAAAUUCGAUAGGAAACAAUUCGAUCCCUCUCGUCCGAAAGUGAUUCCAACAGCCAAGCUGGAAGUUUGGCCAGGUUAUGUUACUGCUGUCGAUGAAUACGACGGAGGCUUAAUGCUUUGCUGCGAUGUAUCCCAUCGUUUGCUUUGUCAAAAAACGGUGCUGGAUAUGCUAAUAGAGAUUUAUCAACACUGCAAUACCAACUACCAAGACAAAGCUAAAAAAUACUUAAUUGGAAGUGUAAUAAUAACACGCUAUAAUAAUCGGACUUACAGAAUUGACGAUAUAUGCUUUUCACAAACUCCAUAUUCAAAAUUUGAAACAAGAACUGGAUUUUGCAGUUACAUUGAUUACUACAAAAAUCACCAUAAUAUAACAAUUAAAGAUGGCAAACAGCCAUUACUCAUUAGCUUAAAGCAGUCAAGAAAAAAUGACACCUCAAAUAAAGGAAACUUACAGUUUUGCUUGAUUCCGGAACUUUGCUAUCUUACCGGACUCCAUGAUGAAAUUCGGGCCGACAAAAAACUAAUGCGUGAGAUUGCAACUGUCACUAAUGUAACACCGAAUAAUCGUAUGCUAGCGCUUGAUAAAUACUUUAAAAACGUCACAGAAAAUGAUGGUGCUCGAGAAAUCCUUGAAAACUGGGGAUUAUCACUACAUAAAAACUAUCAUAAUAUAUUCGGUCGGAAAAUAGAUUCGGUACAAAUUUAUUUCGCAAAAAAUUGUAUUUCAGCCGGACAUAAUGCAGAAUUUUCCAAGGAUGCCGUAAGAAACGAAUUGCUGGAAGUUAUAAAUUUAAACAGUUGGGUCCUGAUUUAUCACAAAAAUGAUUUAAAAGCUGCUAAAUCAUUUUUACACAAUAUGAAAAAUUGCAGUGAUGUCUUCGGAAUGAACAUAUGUAAGCCGAAUGUCAUUAUUUUAGAACAUGAUCGAAUAGAUACAUAUGCCGAUGCUUUACGUCGGAAUAUUUGUACUAAAACUCAAAUAGUCGUAUGUAUAUGUCCUACUAGCAGAGAUGACAGAUAUAGUGUUAUUAAAAAAAUAUGCUGCUCUGAGAUACCAAUCGCUUCACAGGUAAUAAACUCAAGAACAUUAUUCAACGAAUCAAAAAAUCGAUCAAUUGUUCAAAAAAUUAUUUUGCAAAUGAAUUGUAAAAUUGGAGGAUCAUUGUGGACCGUAAAAAUACCUUUCAAGAAUGUAAUGAUCUGUGGAAUAGACUCUUAUCAUGAUCCGAAUCAAAAGGGUGGCUCUGUAGCUGCAUUUGUAGCUUCUCUAAACUCAUCCUAUACCAAUUGGUAUAGCAAAGCUGUAAUACAAUCUAAAAAGGAAGAACUUGUUAAUGGACUAACAUCAUCUUUUGAAGCUGCUCUAGAGAGCUAUAAAACCCGAAAUGGUCAGCUUCCAGACAAUGUAAUUAUUUACAGAGAUGGAGUUGGAGAUGGUCAGUUAAAUUCGUGUGUUUUGUACGAAAUCCCGCAGUUCGAAAGAGUUUGUGGUAAAAAUAUGAAAAUCACUUUUUUAGUAAUUCAAAAACGUAAUAAUACUAGAUUUUUUUUGGUAAGUAAAAAUGAAUUAUAA